ACCCCUCACAUCUUAAAUGAGCUUCAUUUAGCAGCAGCCGCUUCAGUCGGGCUGGGAGCUGCCGGGCUGCGCUCCGAGCGCCGCGCGUGGAGCCCCCCCCGGGGCAGGCCAGCCUCGACGGAGCCCGCCGCGCCCCGCUCUCCAUGGGACUGAGCGCGGCGGCGGCUCCGCGCUCGGGCGGCGGAGGCUGAGCGCGCCCCGCGGGGGCGCCGGGCAUGGCCGCGGGCGGGCGGGGGCCGAGCCGUAGCCGCGGGCACAGCGCCCUCGCGGGGGGCACCGCCGCGGCCAUGGAGCGCCGCUGAUCGCCGCCGCCGCCGGGAGACAAUGGCCCUGCACAAACUCUGCUCGGUGCUGGAAGUGUUGCUUGUAACGAUCCUGGUAGUGGAAGGCAUUGCUGUUGCACAGAAGACACAAGGUGGGCAAAAUAUUGGAGUGAAUCGCAUUCCUCCCACUCCGUGUGACAACUGGGUCCGGACCAGUAAUGGAGGGCAUUUUGCUUCACCAAACUACCCAAACAUGUACCCACCCAAUCAAGAGUGCAUCUAUAUCUUAGAAGCUGCUCCACGACAAAGAAUUGAGUUGACCUUUGAUGAACCUUAUUACAUAGAACCCUCAUUUGAAUGUCGGUUUGAUCACCUGGAGGUUCGAGAUGGACCUUUUGGGUUCUCCCCUCUCAUUAAUCGUUACUGUGGUCUGAAAAGUCCUGCACUAAUUAGAUCAACAGGGAGAUUUAUGUGGAUCAAGUUUAUUUCUGAUGAGGAGCUGGAAGGAAAGGGAUUUCAAGCAAAGUACUCGUUUAUACCAGAUCCUGACUUCACUUACCUAGGAGGUAUUUUAAAUCCCAUCCCAGACUGCCAGUUUGAGCUCUCAGGAGCUGAUGGAAUAGUACGUUCCAGUCAAGUAGAACAAGAAGGAAAAACAAAACCAGGACAAGCAGUUGACUGUAUCUGGACAAUUAAAGCCACGCCAAAUGCUAAGAUCUACAUGCGAUUUCUGGACUAUCAGAUGGAGCAUUCCAAUGAAUGCAAAAGGAACUUUGUUGCUGUGUACGACGGGAGCAGUUCCAUUGAGAACCUGAAGGCCAAGUUCUGCAGCACGGUGGCCAACGACGUGACGCUGCAGACGGGCACGGGCGUGGUGCGCAUGUGGGCGGACGAGGGCAGCAGGCUGAGCCGCUUCCGAAUGCUCUUCACCUCCUUUGUGGACCCUCCCUGCUCAGGCAACACUUACUUCUGCCAUAGCAACAUGUGCAUCAAUAAUUCUUUGGUCUGCAAUGGCAUUCAGAACUGUGCAUACCCUUGGGAUGAGAAUCACUGCAGAGAAAAGAAAAGAACUGGAUUGUUUGAACAAAUCACCAAAACCCAUGGGACAAUCAUUGGCGUCACAACAGGGAUAGUUUUAGUUCUUCUCAUCAUUUCAAUUCUAGUGCAAGUAAAGCAACCUCGCAAAAAAGUUAUGGCUUGCAAGACUGCCUUCAAUAAAACUGGUUUCCAGGAAGUUUUUGAUCCUCCUCACUAUGAACUGUUCUCACUAAGGGACAAAGAAAUUUCUGCAGAUUUGGCAGAUUUAUCAGAGGAACUCGAAAACUAUCAGAAACUGCGCCGCCCUUCAACAGCUUCCAGAUGCAUUCACGACCACCACUGUGGCUCCCAGGCCUCCAGUAUGAAGCAGAGCAGGAGCAACCUGAGCUCCAUGGACCUGCCCUUCCGCAAUGACUUUGCGCAGCCCCAGCCCAUGAAAACGUUUAACAGCACAUUCAAGAAAAGCACUUACACUUUCAAGCAAGCUCACGACUGCCCCGAGCAGGUGAUAGAAGACAGGGUGAUGGAGGAGAUUCCGUGUGAAAUUUAUGUCAGAGGAAGGGAAGAUACAGCACAAGGUUCAUUAUCUAUUGACUUUUAACUUCCUGCUGAAGGUGGUAUCAGUGUAUAUACAAAAUGCACAUGUACAAUGACAGUGUAUAAAUUAAAAGUGUACCAUACGCAGCGUGUGAGAUGCACACACUUUUAGCUUAUUAUACUUCAUUCCAAAAAACAAAACCGGUCUUCAUAAUUAAUUCUUGCUGAAAAAGUGGUGGAUUUCCUCCAAUCUUCCCAAGCUACCUAUCUAGUGGAGGAGUAAGACAAAGACUUUGCAUGGAAAUUAUAAGAUAGGAUGGUGGAAGACAAAACCCUACAACUACUAAUUGUUGAACACUGAAAGCAAUGACUACUAUUCUCUUCUUCAUACCAUUUCCUCUUCUUUAGAUGUCUGCUUUUCAAGACAAUUUUAAUACCUCACUUGCAUAAAUAAAAGUAGUUAAGUGCACCACGUGUAUGUCAACAUAGGUGUCUUAUUGUAUUUGUCAAAUUGAAAGUAGAGUUAGUGUUAAGUGCCAGUUAAGACUCACAAAUUAUGUUACAGCCAUCUGUUUCACUUGCCUUUAAUUAUCAUUUCCACACUCUAUGCUUUGUGAGAAAUAAGUGUAAAGGGUUACUGCCUUUUAACAAUAUCAAGUUAUAUUAAUUUUAGUACAUGUGGAAAUAUCUUUGCAGCUUUCAGUUAAAACACAAGUGAGUAGUCAUUUUAUUCUAGAUGCAGACUUUUACAACAGUUUUCUUUCAAGAAGGUUUAGGAUUUUAAAAUAUUCUCCCAUAUAUUAUAGCUCCAUAUGGCACACUGAUUUCACAGCUCUGUACUUAGGAAACAAUUUUGUUCCUGAGUUUUCCAAGUAUUUACAUAAAUAGAUUGUACUGUACAUUUGUCUCUUAAAAUAGCUUUUUACUCCUUGUUGCAGCCAAUCUUCCCUACUGAAAUCAGCAAUGAUACUUUUAGCUCAUGUCCUACUUGCCUGAAGAGAACUGCUCUGAGGUCUGUGUGAUUACUGGGUGUAUGAAGGAACUGGAAACAAAGAAAUCACAAAGCAACCCUAAUUAACCCCUAUGGAAUCCUUCUUGUGCCCCUUGUUUCCAUUUGCAAAAUUGCACAUUUCAUAUGUUUUUAAAUGGUGGUUUGGACCUAAUUUAAAAAUUUUUACAAUAUAGAAGAAAAUUUUUUAAAUAUAUUCUCAUUGUGGUUUUUAAGCUUUUUAUAUAGUUUGAUACUGUACAGCCUAUUUCUUAAAUCCAAAUCUAGCACCUGGACAGCAGGCUUCUUUCAGGGUCCCUCUUAGCAGUUCUGACUAAGCUGCAGUUGUUACUGCACACUUCACAGUUUGCCAAGAAUACUUGUUAUGACUUCCACAUUAGCUUACACUUUCUUCCCUGGGUAGUUUGAGUUUGUUUGGGUAUUUUGUUUACAGGAAACCUUUGACUAAAGCUGAUCCCACUAGCACUGGGCAUAGCCUUUAUUUACAGAUGGAUGUCAAACCAACAUAGUGUUUGUUGUGCUGAUUGUAGUACCAAAAAGCCCCAAAAAUGUCUUAACCUAUGACCCUUGCAACUGAAAAAUAAUUUAUUUGAAAUAAAGAUUAAUAACAGCUGUAAUCACAGAUUUUUACUAGAAUGAUAAAGAUUUUAUUUUAAUGCUUAAAAUGUGCAACAUUUAAGGGGAAAAAAGAAAGGGGAAUUGAGUUUCUUCAGCAAUCCCCAACUUCAAAAUUAACCCUGUCUCCUGUUUAGAAAGAACUUAAUCAGCUCUUACCUUAGACCCACAAGGCUGGAUGUACCCUGAUACCAGUUUUUGUGCUGGUCCCAGAAUGUAUUUCAAUUUGAAAGAAUGAAAAUGGGCUUUAUUUUUAGAUGCACUACAUGCAGAAAAUAAAUGUUUUAAAAAAUCUA